UGGGUGCGCGGGGCGCGGCGGAGGUGCUGCGCGGAGCCAUGGUGAUCAUGUCCGAGUGCGGCGCGGGCCCCGCGGGCGCCGGCCAGGCCCGGCCCAAGCCGCUCCGCGUGGGCUUCUACGACGUGGAGCGGACCCUGGGCAAAGGCAAUUUUGCGGUGGUGAAGCUGGCGCGGCACCGAGUCACCAAAACGCAGGUGGCAAUAAAAAUAAUCGAUAAGACACGAUUGGAUUCUGGCAAUUUGGAGAAGAUCUACCGGGAGGUCCAGCUCAUGAAGCUCCUGAACCACCCACACAUCAUCAAGCUCUACCAGGUUAUGGAGACAAAGGAUAUGCUUUAUAUUGUCACUGAGUUUGCAAAAAACGGAGAGAUGUUCGAUUAUCUGACUUCCAAUGGACACUUCAGUGAGAACGAGGCACGCAAGAAGUUCUGGCAGAUUCUGUCUGCCGUGGAGUACUGCCAUGACCACCACAUUGUGCACCGGGACCUCAAGACGGAGAACCUGCUGCUGGACGGCAACAUGGACAUCAAGCUGGCAGAUUUUGGGUUUGGGAAUUUCUACAAUCCUGGAGAGCCCCUGUCCACGUGGUGUGGGAGUCCCCCAUACGCAGCCCCCGAAGUCUUUGAGGGAAAAGAGUAUGAAGGCCCCCAGCUGGACAUCUGGAGCCUCGGUGUUGUGCUGUAUGUCCUGGUGUGUGGCUCUCUUCCUUUUGAUGGGCCCAACCUGCCGACGCUGAGACAGCGGGUGCUGGAGGGUCGCUUCCGAAUCCCCUUCUUCAUGUCUCAAGACUGCGAGACGCUGAUCCGCCGCAUGCUGGCGGUGGACCCCGCCAAGCGCAUCUCCAUCGCCCAGAUCCGCCAGCACCGCUGGAUGCAGGCGGACCCCACGCUGGCCCCGCGGCCCGGCCCCGCCCUCUCCACGCAGGCCUACUCCUCCAACCUGGGCGACUACAACGAGCAGGCGCUGGGCAUCAUGCAGGCCCUGGGCAUCGACCGGCAGAGGACGGUGGAGUCUCUGCAGAACAGCAGCUACAACCACUUCGCCGCCAUCUACUACCUCCUGCUCGAGCGUCUCAGGGAGCAUCGCAGUUCACAGCUGCCCGCCCGGCCCCUGCCCGCCCGGCAGCCUCGGCCCAGGAGCUCAGACCUCAGCGGGCUGGAGGCUCCACACGACGGCUUCCCCAGUGACCCUUUCCGACCGUCCCUGCUGUGCCCACAGCCCCAGGCCCUGGCACAGUCUGUCCUGCAGGCGGAGCUGGACUGCGACCUGCACAGCUCCCUGCAGCCCUUGUUCUUCUCCGUGGACGCCAACUGCAACGGCGUGCUCCGGCACCGCCCCACCUCUCCCAGUAGCCUGCUGGACACGGCCAUCAGUGAGGAGGCCCGGCAAGGGCCUGGCCUGGAGGAGGAGCAUGAGGUCCAGGAGCCCCUGGCGGGCAGCACUGGCCGAAGACACACGCUGGCCGAGGUCUCCACCCACUUCCCGCUCGCCCCUCCCUGCAUUGUUGUCUCCUGCUCCGCCUCCGCGAGUCCCUCGGAAGGAACAAGCUCCGACAGCUGCCUCACCUUCUCUUCCAGCCAGGGCCCCGCAGGGCUUGGGGGUGGCCUGGCUGCCCAGGGGCUGCUGGGCGCCUGCUCUCGCAUCAGGUUCCCCUCCCCGUUCCUGGAGGCACAGUCUGCCACCCCCGUGCUGCAGGCCCAGGCGGGCCUCGGGGGGGCCGUCCUGCUCCCUGUCAGCUUCCAGGAGGGCCGGAGGGCAUCAGACACCUCGCUGACCCAAGGACUGAAGGCCUUCCGGCAGCAGUUGAGGAAGAACGCGAGGACCAAAGGGUUCCUGGGCCUGAACAAGAUCAAGGGGCUGGCGCGCCAGGUGUGCCAGUCCUCCAGCCGGGCCCCCAGGGGUGCCCUCCACGCGCCAGCGCAGAGCCCCAGCCUGCAGAGCGGCUCUGCUGGCGGCCGGGAAGGCCGAAGCCUGCUGGAGGAGGUGCUGCACCAGCAGAGGCUGCUCCAGCUCCAGCACCACCCCGCCACCCUGCCCGGCUGCCAGCAGGUCCUGCUGCAGCCCCCUGCCCCCUACGCGCUGGCCCCCUGCGACGGCCCCCUGGCGUCGGGGUUCACGCUGCUGCCAGCUCCCCUCCUGCCGGCCGGGGUGUCUCCCGUGGCGUCGGCCGCGCGGCUCCUGGACGCCCACCUGCGCAUCAGCGCGGAGCAGGCGCCCCUGCCCGCCAGGCCCCUGCAGCAGUGCCUGGCCGGGCGGCCGCAGGGGGACUGCGAGAUGGAGGACCUGGCCCCCAGCCCACGGGGGACGGCUGUCCUGGUGCAGUGAGGCCCCUCGGCUCGCCACUCUUCCAAGCAAUAAUUUCAGAUAUGUGAAGAUGGUUUCGGACUCAAAGCCAAGAACUUUCUCGAAGCGAAGCAAGCAAUAUGUUAGGUGUACGGGCCUGUUAGUUUAUUUUGGUUUUACUUUUUCUUGCACUGAGUGGCCUCGACUGUGGAAGCUUCUGAAAAAAUGAUGGUUGGGGGUGUGCCGUGAGGGUGGGGCUGGGUGGGGGAGCAGGGCAAGGGAAGAUGGACGGCUUCCACCCACAGACAGCGGAGCAGAGGAGCAGAGGCCCGAGCGAGCCUCGAGCCACGCGCUGUCUGCGGCGUGUGUCCCUGCGGGCCCAUCGCGGUACGUCUUGGUUUUCAAGUUGCCAGUUCUCCACUUCCUGGAACUUGCGUGCUUCAAUGAGACGGAACGCUGCUGCCGCCGCUGCCGCUCGGCCCAGGUGCGUCUGCAUUCUUGGAAUUCUCCCCAGAAGACGCAGAACUCCUCCGGUUCAGCGGAGCUGCUUCCACUGCUGAGGGUCGGUUUCCAGAAUUCUCCCGGGAACCACGUGGGACUGGGAAGGAGCAGAAGGCCCAGACUUGUCCCAGAUGCACACACCUCGAGGACGCCAAUGAGUUUCUGCUGUAUCUCAUUUUCGCUGCUAAUAACUAAGUUCUUAUGCAUUUCGUUGCCAGAGUCCAACAAGGACUCCUGACUUGGGGGAAAUAGUGCAAUAUCACGGGCUGUGGCUGGGCCGGGCGCAGGUGGGCAGAUGCUCACCGGCUGUGACCCAGCUGCCCUCGGACCGGGCCCCUCCCCAGUCCCCCCGGCCCCCUGGCCCCCUGGCCCGGGCUGCUGUGGCGUGGCUUUCCUGCAAGGCCAAUGAGAUGAGAAGUCUGGGCGGUGUUUGUAAAGCGCUGUUCCUGUUUUUAAGCAAAUGCUAUAUGUGUGUACAAUCAGGAAACACAUGGACACGACUUAUUUUUUAUACUUUGUACUACACUUUUGUGUUUCCCAUUUAAACCUCGCGCAGUCACGUCGGCACCGGGCUGCACUGAGGAGGGGCUGAGGCGCUGGGGCCCUGGGCCCGUCCCGGUGGGCAGAGACACGGCCACCCGCCCCCUGCCAGCGCCCCCCUCCCUCCCUGCCAGGUGCCUUCAGCUUAGACCUGCAGUGUUACAGGAAGGGGAAGGCGGGUAUUCCUAAAAGCCAAAGAUUGACUGAGUUACUUGAGGGCGGGCUGGGCGCAAGCGCCUUGUGGGGUCUCCGCCCUGCCGCCCAGCAGCCUCUGUGCCCCAUGCUGAGCCCGCAAGCUCGCCACGCGCUCUGUGGCUGGCUAAAUGUGGACUAAGGGUUCCCCCCGGGAGUGGACUGGCACCUGCCACAGAAAACACCAAAGCCUCCCGCCCGCCAACCCUGUGUUGGGGGCCGGGGGUCGGGGGCGGGCGCAUGUGCCCUGCCUGCUCCCCUGUCCACAGAGGCAGCUCAGCAGCCCGCGCAGUCCCGUCCCCUCCCGCCCUCUCGGUUCCGGUCCCCAGGCCUCGGCACCCUGCCUGUCUGAAGCAGUGGCAAGCACUUUACUCUCACGGUGGUUUUGUUUGGGGAUGGCUUCGACCCUCUGAGUUCUAGGAAUGCGUGUUCUGCAGACGGUCCUGCCACAGCUUCGUGAUGACGCUACGUGACCUGCUUGAUGUGUACACAACUGGUUUGUUUUUACUACACCUGAAUUCUUUCGUUUCUUACGUUAACAUGAGAAAUGUAUGCCAAAUGGUUAGUUGAUGUAUGUUUUUUUUAAUUUAAUAUUUAAAUAAAAUAUUUGGGGGAACCUUGA